AUGUCUAGAAAAGAUAGGCAAAAAGAAAAAGAUUAUGAAGAACUUUUUGGCGAUGGUUCGGCAGAACUUUCUGAUGUCGCAGAUUUUUUGUCAGACUUUGAUGAAGAAUUUUCAGAUAAUGAAAGACCAGUUACCAAUCAAACAUUGAAAAAAAAGUCACAAACAUAUAGGGAAAGAAGUUCCUCACCUGUACCUUCACCUUCACCCUAUAGGCAAGAUGAGCGUUCAACUCCAGAAGGCGAUCGAGAUGAAGAUGAGGAAUUGUAUUCAAAAAUGAUGGUUGAGAAAUUAUUUGACGAAUUAAUGCCAAAGAAGAAAGGUAGAUCUAAAUCAAAAGGAAUUGACAUUGAAAAGGAAUAUGAUGCUACGGCAGACAGAUUAUACAGAAGAAUGAUGAAACUUGCGGAUGAUGAUGUAAACAAUUGCCAAAAUAGAAAACCUGCAAGUAGAAAACUAGAUAAUCUUGAGAUUGUAGUGCGAGAAUUAUCCAAGACUUAUAUGUUGGAUGCGUUAUUAGAGAAUAACAUCUUAGAUGCUAUUAGAUAUUGGUUAGAACCUCUCCCUGAUAGAUCAUUACCAAGCAUAACACUUCAAGAACAAUUAUUGACUGUAUUAGAUAAAUAUCCAAUCAAUAUUGAUCAUCUCCUUACUAGCAAAAUUGGAAGAAUUGUAUUUUUUUAUCAAGAAUCACCGCGUAGCACAGAGCAUAUUAAAAAAAUGGCUACUAAUCUAGUUAAUAAAUGGGGUCAACCAAUCCUCGGAAUUUCUGUUAACUACAAAGACAGACAAUUGCCACGUGUUGAAUAUGAUCCCGAACAGAUGAGAGUACCGAUGCAUCAUAAUUCUAUGGAAAGUACUGAAGACCGCCAACCAUUACAAUCCACAUCUUCAUUAGUUCGUGCUCGUAUUCCUCAACCUGCAGCAUUUGAUUAUGAUGUUCUACCACAGUCAAGAAUUCAAAUAGGACAAGGAACUUCCCUGACAUAUAAUGUAGCAGCUCAUGAAAGAGCCUGUUUUUAUGCUUGGGCAGACAAACCGGGUGAAAAAGUUGCCUUUUAUUUUGCGGUACAAUCUGGUGGUUCCUUUGACAUAGACUACGUAGUAACUGACCCACGUGGUAAAGCAGUAAUUAGUGGUGAACGAGAACGUCAAGGAGAUUUUGUAUUCACAGCAAAUUUUGUUGGAGAAUAUUCUUUCUGUUUUGCAAAUGAUAUGUCAACAUUUGCAGAAAAACUUGUAGAUUUUGAGAUUACCAUUGAAAAUGAACCACGAGCUGAAUUACCACCAUCGAAAGGAAUUACACCCGAUCAAACAAGUAGUAUGGAAGAAAGCUGUUUAAGGCUUAGCAGUAGUUUGAGUACUAUAUCUAGAACUCAAAAAUAUUUUAGGACAAGAGAAAAUAGAAAUUUCUCUACUGUUAAAAGUACUGAGAAUAGAAUUUUAUGGUUUGCUUUGUUGGAGAGUGCGGUGAUCGUUACAAUGGCUGCUAUACAAGUUUUUACAGUGAAAUCUUUCUUUACUACUACUAAGCGUGGUCAUGUGUAG